AUGAACCACUCACGUCGACAUCAUUCCCUUUUUUCUUUCUGCUGCCCACAAAGUCUCAUUCUCCCUACGCACGAAACCCCCAACCUGUCGAGAGAUUGGACGUCAUAA